AUGGGCACAAACAAUUUUGCAUCGAGUAAAGACUGGUGGCAUCACUCGGUUGUCUAUCAAAUUUAUCCACGUUCAUUUUUCGAUUCGAACGGUGAUGGUAUCGGUGAUCUCAAUGGAAUCACUAUGAAAUUGGAUUAUCUGAAAAAGUUAGGCGUGGAUAUUCUUUGGCUUAGUCCGGUUUACGAUUCACCGAAUUAUGAUAAUGGCUAUGAUAUUCGUGAUUAUUGUCAAAUAAUGACUGAAUUCGGAACAAUGGAAGAUUUCGAUCGAAUGUUAGAAGAAAUGAAACAACGUCAAUUGAAAUUAAUCAUGGAUCUUGUUGUUAAUCAUACCAGUGAUGAACAUCCAUGGUUUAUCGAAUCGAAAAAGGGAAAAGAUAAUCCCUAUCGAGAUUUUUAUCAUUGGGCAUCGGGUAAAGAUGGCAAAGCACCAAAUCGAUGGGGAGCUGCCUUUGGUGGUCCAACUUGGACUUAUGAUAUCAUUACUGGUGAAUAUUAUCUUCAUACAUUUACAUCGAAACAACCCGAUUUAAAUUGGGAAAAUCCGGCUGUUCGUCAAGAAGUCUAUAAAAUUAUACGUUGGUGGUUGAAUAAAGGUGUAGAUGGAUUUCGUAUGGAUGUUAUUAAUUUUAUCUCUAAAGCACCCGGCUAUCCCGAAGGUUAUUACGAUGAUGGCAAGCAAUAUUCUGAUGGAACAUCGUACUACAUCAAUGGACCGCAUUUACAUGAAUAUUUACAAGAAAUGCAUGAACAAGUCUUGCGUCAUUACAAUAUUGUGACGGUUGGCGAAUGCCCUGGAGCUCAAUUACACGAAGCCGAAUUGAUAACGAAUCCAUCUCGAAAAGAACUCGAUAUGAUUUUUACAUUCGAACAUAUGGAUCUUGAUGGAGGUAGACAUCAAACUUUUACAUCACUUGUUGAUCCUGGAAAUCGUGACGGUAAAUGGACACCGAAAUUACUCGAUUUACGCGAAUUAAAACAUCAUUUUACAACAUGGCAAAAAGGUCUUUUUGGUAAAGGUUGGAAUAGUCUCUAUUGGAAUAAUCAUGAUCAACCACGUAUUGUUUCACGAUGGGGCAAUGAUUCCAGUCAAUAUCGAGUUCUUUCUGCAAAGAUGCUCGGCACUUGUUUGCAUUUUCUUUGUGGAACACCUUAUGUUUAUCAAGGCGAAGAGAUCGGUAAGUCAGGCAACGAAAAAUGA